AUGGCAUGUGUGUUUUUGAUCUCCCUUCGAAAGAGACCUUCUCUUCUAAUGAAUGGGAUACAGUUGAAGAGAGAUGCAGCUGCGCAACCUUCUUUGGUUAUAAUAUACUUUGGUGGUAAUGAUUCAAUUGCGCCUCAUCCAACUGGAUUAGGCCCUCAUGUCCCACUACUAGAAUACAUUGAGAACAUGCGAAAGAUUGCUAAUCAUCUAAAGGGCCUGUUAGAUAAAACUCGUGUUAUAUAUCUUAGUCCUCCGUUUGUCGAUGACACAAAGAAGAGAAACUCGAGAGAACUAUCGGGAUUAGGAAAUGAACUAGUACGAACAAAUGAGAAUUGUCGGAUUCAUUCAGAAGCUUGUAUGAAUCUGUGCAAGGAGAAGGGUUUCAAUUUUUUGGAUUUUGUGGAUUGCAAUUCCGCAAAUGCAAAUGAUUGGAUGAAUACUAGCUUCUUGGAUGGAGAUGAAGUUCAUUUAUCUUCAGAAGGGAGCAAUGUAUUUGCAGAGGAGAUACUAAAGGUUCUAAAGGAAGCCGAAUGGAACCCAUCCCUAUGCUAG